GGGAUAUCCUUUUGUUUACACCAUCAACAGUUUGUUUGAAAUAAUUUAUCGGAAGAUGUUAAAUUGGCCGAUGAUAUGGGGGCCUAUUGUAGAUCCAUCUGAAUAUGAUCGCUGCCCUACUCCGCCGGAUUGGGAAGAAGAGGACAGCUAUAAUGACGGUGAUAUACCCGUCGCUGAAUCACCUCUGAAGAAGGCAAAAACUGAUGCUGGCGAUGAGGAAGACACUGGUGGCGAUGAUUCCGAGGAUGAUUCCGAGAAAAUUUUCGAUAAUGAAGAAGAAAGGAAGCGAUUUUGGGUCUAUCAUGCCAUGGUUUUCAAAUAUCAAUGUGUGGGUAAGGUUUAUCCUAUCGACCUUCAUAGCAAGGACGCAGACGAGUACUAUACAACAGGAGUCCCUAUAGCAGCUCGCUUGGCCAUUGAUUUUUAUAAUGCCAAGGCUGAUGAUAAGAAGCAAAAGCUGGAAUAUGUUGGCAUUAAGAAGGCUAAUCACAAGACGAAUGAGUUAUUUAUAACCUUUAAGGCGAAAGUCAUAGAUUCUUCUUCUGAAGAACUCCAAACUUUUCAAACAGCAGUGUGGUAUAACACUAAUCGCCCCUGUGAGGUUAGAUUUGUCAGACCAGAACCCAGACACCACAAAAUCAAAGGUGAAGAUGACUGGCUCUUCUGCUUAGCUUAAAGCAAUUUAUGCGCAUGUGGAGGUGGUCUUUUCAACCGCCAUUGUGGUAGUCAUAGCUAUACUAUGCGGAGACAAUUAUGAUAAUUUCAAAUAAUAUUUCGCUCCACCCUUCAUCAAAUUUUUAUGGAAUAAUUACAGAAGUGGACACUUUUUAGGCCCACAUUAUAUAA